UAGUGACAGGUUUAAAAACGGUGUUAACAUUGUAUUAUAUUUCAUUAAGAAACGUGUUUUUAAAUGGACACUUAGGUGAUCGUGCGCAAAGGUGUGUUUUACAUAAAUUAUCGCUGUUUAAAUUUCGUCAAGAAUGCCAUCUUUUUAAAUGGGCAAUAUUGCUGUAAGCGAAAAAAUCAUUAUUUAAAUACCUGUUUAGGGUGUCUGUAUAAACCCAAGGCAGACCAUAUUGUCCAGAUCGUACAUAUGUUGUUUGGAAUAAUAUUCAUUUUGAAUACUCAGAUAGCAGCAUGGCGAAAGGCAUAUUUAAGGACACCACAACUAACAGAAGAUUGAGAAUAAACAGAAAAUCUCCGUCAGUGUUUAGGAAAAGCUUUCAAAGCGACCUGAAAGAUAAUGGUGCAGAUAUUGCCGGAAAAAGGAAACGUGAGAUUGACAAAGAUUUAUAUAUAAAGAGAGGAAGAAAUGAAAAUGUCCCGGGUAUAAAACAAACCUUUGUCUCCUUUGACUUUGGACCCGUUGAACUCAAUUGUCAUCGUUUCGUGUCAACAAUACUACAGUGCCUUUUGAAUUCUGGUGACUUCAAAAUUCAACUUGAAUUUGGAAAAGAAUUGUUGCUGAUACAUCAUUCAAGCACUCCUGUCGAAGAUAUUGGUCUGCAACUUUUUGCGUCUCAACCAUCAUGUGAUAAACCAAACAAAGAUGGAGUUGUCCUUAGAGAUACAGUUGCCUUACGUUAUGUCGACGAAAAUCUUGAAAAGGACAAGCUUUCACAGGAAUUGAUGGCGCACCUGUCAAAAUCGAUAGAGAAGGGUCAUUUAUUCUUCGUAAGUGCUGAAAACUCGUCGACGUCAAUGGGAAGCUUUCUGAAGAAGUACAAAAUAAAAUUGUCCCCAAAUCAAAUCAUCACUCAGACAGCGCAAAUGUCAAGGAUAUAUGAGAAAAUGUAUGACGAUUUAGAGAGAAAUGUUGAAGAUGUAAAGACAGCAAUAGACACCCCAUCACCGUACAGCAAAAGACACGCAAUCAGAAGAAAAUUGACAUGUAUUGAAAAGAAGCUUAAAGAACGAAGAAGCCCAAACGUCUCUCAGAAAACUGUAGAAGGGAAUUAGAAAGUGCUCUGGACUUUGGGGUUAUUGCAUACAGAACAGACAGUGAAAGCCUUACAGUUUAUAUCAACCAACCAUGGACAAGAUCGCUCGAUGCAAAGCUAUGUUUGUUUGAUAUUCGUAGGAUUGGUUAACUAUAUAUCGUUAACCGAAUGGUGACUGUAUUAUCUGCCAUAAUACUAUCCAUCUCAUUGCGAUCCAGUCUCACCCUCCAACACCUCCCAAAUGCACCAACGUAGUGAAGUUGAAGUGUGUUGUAGUAACAUACAUAUGCUCCGUAUGGGACGUAUGGGUUAUCCCAUGGUUUAAAAAUAAAUAAAUAUAAAUAAAUAAGGACCAUCGUGUACCAACACGUCUAAUGACUGUGGUACUGUCUUUUGAUGGCCGGACACAUACAUGUGGUCAUAUGUCAUAAAUUAUAAUCAAAUAAAGAAGUAACUUAUAAAUGAUUAAUAAAAUUGAUAAAGAAAAUUUAAUAUAAUAAUUUUUAUUUGAUUUGAUUUAUUUAAUAGAUCUAAUUAUAAUAAUAAUUUAUGUUUAAUAUAUUAUAUUUUAUAAAUAACAGAAUAUUUAAUAUUUAUUUGGAUUUGGAUUUUAAUAGAAGGUAAUAAUUAGUAAUAAUUAGUAAUAUUAGUAACAGGUAAUAGUAAUAGGGAUGUACAUGUAGGUAUGUAUAUACAUGUGAAAUAACUAAAAUAUAUACAGAAAAGAAUUAGGGUAGGGUCGCCAAAGAAAAUUUUGAUAAUAGAGUGCUACUAGUUAUUAGUUAUUAAUUAUAAAUUUUGCCAUACAACAAUUUUGAGAUCGUCAUUAGGCAAGAAUUUUGAGGUCGUCAUCAGGUGCUACACCUCAUACCCUGUACCAUGUUUCUGUAGCUAGAUCCAGCUUAUAGCACGACAUGGCUCCCUAACUCUUAUUCGAUAGUAUGUAUUAUGUAUGUAAACUAAAGAUGUAUAUCGUAAUAAAAUAAUAAAGUAAAAAGGUUAGUGAGUUAGUUCAUAUAACAAAUUAGUAUGACAUAGAUUAAAUUAUGACUAUAUUAAUGGCUAUAAUAAUUGAUUUUAAA